AUGAGCGGAUCAAAAUCCAAUCAGAAUGCUGCUGUAUCAUCGAACAAGAUCAACGUGAGCGGAUCAAAACCAACUCAAAAUGCUGCUGUAUCAUCCAACAAGAUCAACGUGAGCGGAUCAAAAUCGAAUCAAAAUGCUGCUGUAUCAUACAACAUGAUCAAAGUGAGCGAAUCAAAACCAACUCAAAAUGCUGCUGCUGCAUCAUUUAAAUCAACUGCAUCAUCAAAUAUUCCUCAACCACGACAACGUAUGGCACAAAACUAUCUUCUCAUCUGGGUAGAUGCCAGCAUCGAUCAAGCAAACAGGGAUUGCCAGAAUACACUGGCUCAAUUGAAGAAUGCGGUUAACGAUGUCAAGUUAUGCACUGAACCGGAUCAGUGCAUUCAAGCACUCAACAAGAUUGAUAGAGAACAAGUCUUUGUGAUAAUAUCUGGCUCAUUAGGUCAACAUUUGGUUCCUGAAAUUCAUGGAAUACCACAGCUAGAUGCCAUUUACAUAUUUUGUGGCGACAAAUCCAGACAUGAAGGAUGGACUCAAAACUGGACAAAAAUUAAAGGUGUUCACACAAACAUUAAAGAAAUUUGUCAAGCAUUACACUUGGCUGUCAAGCAAUGUGACCAGGACACAAUUGCUGUAAGUUUUCUUACGGUAAAUGAAAUGGCUUCAACUGAUAAUUUAAAUCAGUUGGAGCCGACUUUCAUGUAUACACAACUAUUCAAGGAGAUUCUCCUUGAUAUCGAAUAUGAUGAACAAUCUAUUCAACAGUUUACUGCUUAUUGUCGAAAUAAUAACAGCUUGUCACCAAUCAAUACUAACCGUUUUGAAAAAGAAUACGCUGCUCAAUUAGCUAUUUGGUGGUAUACUUUUCCAUCCAAUAUCUAUUGUAUGCUCAAUUAUGCUCUUCGAACACUGGACGCUGAUGCAAUUAUUACUAUGGGUUUCUUUAUGUGUCAUCUGCAUCAACAAAUUCAACAGUUGUACGAACAACAAGUCAGUAGUUAUGGAAGAAUAUCUUUCUUAGUUUAUCGAGGACAAGGUCUUAUGAAAUCAGAUUUUGAAAAACUUCAGAAAGCAGAAGGUGGCCUUAUGUCAUUUAACAAUUUCUUGUCUACCAGUAAAGAUAAGAAAAUCUCUCUCGAAUUUGCUGAGGAUGCUUCUAAAAAACCGGACAUGGUCGGCAUUUUCUUUGUAAUGUCCAUUGAUCCUUGUACUAAAUCGGCACCAUUUGCCUCCAUCAAAGAGAAAAGUUAUUUUAAGGAAGAAGAAGAAAUUCUCUUCUCAAUGCACACCGUCUUUCGAGUGAAUGCAAUUAAACAAAUAGACAAUGAGAAUCAACUGUAUCAAGUUGAAUUAGAAUUAACAUCGGAUGAUGAUCAACAACUACGAUUACUUACUGAUCGAAUACGAGAAGAAGCUAGUGGUAGUACUGGAUGGCAAAGAUUGGGCAAAUUAUUGCUUAACAUCGGUCAAUUUAAUAAAGCUGAAGAACUUUAUAAUGUAUUACUCGAACAGACAUCUGAUGAUGGAGAAAAAGCUCAUUAUUAUGUUUGUCUAGGAUAUGUCAAAAAUCACCAGGGUGAUUAUGAAAAGGCUAUUUGGUAUUACGAACAAGGACUUGAAACUCAACAAAAAACUCUUCAUUUAAAUCAUCCUGAAUUGGCUACUUCAUACGAUAACAUUGGUUUGGUGUAUGGCAACAUGGGAGAGUAUUCAAAAGCACUUUCAUCUCACGAAAAAGCACUUGAAAUUCGAGAAAAAACUCUUCCUGCAAAUCAUCUUGAUUUGGCUACUUCAUACAACAACAUCGGUAGUGUGUAUGAUAAUAUGGGAGAGAACUCGAAAGCACUUUCAUAUCAUGAAAAAGCACUUGAAAUUGAACAAAAAACUCUUCCUUCAAAUCAUCCUGAUUUAGCUAAUUCCUACAACAACAUCGCUUCCGUGUAUUACAAUAUGAAAGACUACUCGAAAGCACUAUCAUAUUUUGAACAUGCUCUAGACAUAUUACGACGUGCAUUACCUCCAACUCAUCCUAAUAUAAAAAGUGUGAAAAACAGUAUUGAAAUUGUAAAAAAGAAUUUAUAA